CAUUACAGGAAGUAGCAAAAGGUAUGGGAAAUGAAAUGUGAGCAGUGUUUAUAAAAGAUGAGGUGCUUCAUCGAGUGAUGGGUUAAAAAAAUUUCAGAGAGCUAUUUGUGGCCUGCCGCUUUGCACGCCAAAUACAGACACAACAGCAUGAAGACGCUUCUUUUUCUAUUUCCUCAAUUCAACUACAUGGCCCCAAAGGAGGAAGCAUAUAUCAAAAUGCUUAGUACAGAAGAAUUGCAGGCACCAAAGAUGAAGGACGAUACUAGCAGACAAAAAGACAAGGAGAGGAAGAGCCGACUAAGCCUUUUUCUCACCAAGUCAGGCUCUCAUGAAAACGUCAGUCCCCAUAAAAAGACAAACACGACACCCAGCAACAUCUCACCAGAGGCAGCUUUCCAAUGGAGCGACUCCUUUGAAGAACUGCUAAAGCACUCAGAUGGAGUGGAAACCUUCUCUCAGUUCCUCAAGACAGAGUUUAGUGAGGAAAACAUUGACUUCUGGUUGGCCUGUGAAGAAUACAAGACCAUUGAUUCUGAGACGAAGCUGUUGUCCAAAGCCAAAUAUAUUUAUACAGUUUUCAUUGAAUCGGAGGCCCCUAAAGAGAUCAACAUUGACUACAACACCAAGAUGGCCAUCCAGAGGAGCAUAGCACAGCCCACAAAGAGCUGUUUUGAAGCAGCCCAGAUGAAAGUCUACAGCCUGAUGAAAAAGGACUCCUACCCCAGGUUCCUCCACUCUGACAUUUAUCUGCGUCUCACCAGGAGGAAAGGCCCGGGGGCCACCAUGUUUCGCAGAAGGUCACGCUCCUGUGUAUUCAACGACGAGGCCACUACCAAACCUUCGGCCUGGUUGUAGCAGCUCACUCAAUGUGCAAUGGAUUAUUAUACAGGAAAUAAUCCAUGGUUUGCAGCAGAAUUGUUGAAAUGUAAAGUGUGGUGUGGAGGUUUAUUAUCCACAGGUUUGCUUCUGCAAAGUGUGGGGUUUUUUUUAUAACCACAGGGAUCACAUUUGAUUAUCUCAUUUACAUAGUACCACGGCAACUUGCCAGCGAAAACAAUUGAAAGGAAUAGUUCGACAUUUUGGAAAAAUACGCUUAUUUGCUUUUGUCCAAGAGUUAAUUGAGAAGAUUGAUGCCACUCUCAUGUGUAAAUAUGGAACAACAGCCAGCAGCUGGUUAUAUUAUCUUAGCAUAAAGACUGGAAACAGAGGGAAACAGCUAGCCUGGCUCAGUCCAUUGGUAACAAAAUCCACCUAGCUGCACCUCUAAAGAUCACUAAUUAACAUGUUAUAUCUUUUUUGGUAAAUCUGUGCAAAAGCCAAAGAGUAAAAAUGACACGUUGCGGUGUUACAAGAGAUUAUGUGCCAUACUAUUUCUUUGCCGGGCGCCGUAACUUCCUGGAGUCUUCACUGGUUCGUCACAGUGACAAGGAACUCAAGGAAGUUUAGCUAGCUGUUUCCCAUCUUUAUACUAAGCUGAGCUAACUGGCUGCUAGCAAUAGUGGUAUCAAUCUUCUCAUCUUCUCAUCAUCUUCUUCAAGAAAGUGAAUAAGCAUAUUGCCCAGGAUGUCGAACUAUUCCUUUAAAGGUGGGGUAUGCGAUUCUGGAGAAAUCCAAUACCACAACAAAUACCAUGAUAGAGAGCGAACAACGACACAGUAUGCAAUAUAACUAGCGUUAGCUAGAUGUUUCCCAGAGCCAGCACAGCAGCUCCAGACAGCGAUACUCACAACUCUCCUGCUACUAUAGCUAACAUCACAACAACAGCAUAUCUUGGCAAACUAGCUGAAUGUCCGUGGGCAAGUCAAAAACGUUACCUGACGCACAAAUCGAGGCUGGAAUGGCUCCUAUUUACAGAGCCAGGGCUGUGUACAAACACCAGAUUUUUUUUUUUUCAGCGCACACACAGAACGGACAGCUAGCGGACCGUGGGGAGAUAGUCACUGAAUUUGACAAAAAUACGUGUACUGCAUUAGAAACACAUACCCCACCUUUAGGUACUGUACUACACAGCUGACACCAUUAGCCUUUCAGCUAUAAGAACAAGUUUAGAAUUAGAGGCCACUAUGUGAGAGCCAUGUGGUUAUCUGAAAAUAAUGGACACCCUCUGGCUAAUCAGAAUCGACUGCUUGUGGAUUUAACCUUUAUUGAUGGUUUUUAUAUUUUCUCAAAUCUUGCAAAACUUGAAUGGCAGUGGGAUAGUUGGGGACAGAAUCUCAGCUGAAGUGCCUCCAUGCUACUGACAGUAUUCAGCCAGCCGUACAGGCAGCCACACUGAGGUCAAUCUCCUGACUUCAGACACAUUAUGCUUCAAGUGCUUUGUCUUCCAAUCCAGCAAUAGCACCCUAUACAACAUUAAUACAGUUGAUAUGGCGUACAAGCUAAUUUGACCAUAUCUCAUUAAAAUGGAUUUGGGAUUUUAUCCCUGCACUGUCCAACCCCCUCCAGACUAACUUGCAGUGAAAGCCUGCAGCUGCCGUGACUGUAAAGCACUGAAACCUUUUAAUGAGGGAUAUCUAUCUCUCAUUUCUGUUAUUACUUAAAAUAUAUCCAAUUUUCACACACAGAAAAUGCAUAUAUCUUAUUUGAAUACUAAUAUCACAUAUUAAUUAUGAUUGCUGUUUUUCAGUUUGCUACCAUCUAAUAUAAUUUAUGUAUUACCAUGAUCAUAUAUGUUGCCUUGCUGUUGUAAAAUGUAUAUACUAUAAUAUGGCGAGUAACUCAAAUAAACACUUUCCUAUAAAAACACA